ACAUACAGAAAAUUAUGACCAUCGUGUCAAUGCUUGAUGAAACCUGUGUUGAUGAGUGACUAUGCCGCGGAGAUAAUUAAGAUGGGCUUAAAUAAUUCAAUGUGGAGUUCCAUGGUCCAAAACGAAGUAAUCUUUCUGCUUUCUCCUGUGAUGCUUCUUCUAUUUACAUUAAUACAACUUCAAGGUUUUUGCAAUGGUUGAAUUCAAAGAUCAAAAAAGAAUUUUUAAUUCAACUUCAAGCUUUCUGCUUGAUGUAACCUGUGUUGAUGAUGAUGUCCCAUUAUUGAAGUGACCACUAUUCUUGGGAUGAUGUCCCAUUACAAGUUUUCUUGCUGUGAGUGACCACUAUCUGACUUCUUCCUUUGAUAUUCAUGGCGGGGGAAUGGAUUUGAUAUUCCCACAUCACGAAAAUUAACUCGCUCUGAAUGGUGUUGUCAUCCCUGUGCGUGUGAGAUUAAAUAUUUGGUGCAUAAUGGAUUUUUCGAGAAAAUGUCCAAAUCUCUUGGAAAUUUUCUCACAAUUCGUGAGGUCACCAAGCAGUAUCAUCCAUUAGCAUUGAGAUAUUUUAUCAUGAGCACGCACAAUCGUUCAGCUAUUAAUUACUCAAAUAAACAGCUUGAAGUUGCUUCUGGAUCUGUUCGCUAUUUGUAUCAGACUUUGCAUGACUGUGCCAAGGCUGUGUCCACAUUUCGGGAAAAUAAUUCUGAGGUGCAAAGUGGCGGCAGUAUUGGAUUAACUUCUGAAGUUCAAGAAUGCAUCGAUAAGUUGAGAAAAGAUUUCUACACCAGAAUGUCAGAUGAUAUUCGUACUCGAGAUUUCUUAGAUACUACACUUCAGGAUACAUCGAAGCUCAUAAACAGUUCUCUGAAUGUGGUCAAUAAGAAGGAAAAGCAAAAACAGAAGUCACUGUUCGUGUCCCUUGCUGAACUAGAGAAACAAGUUGCAACAUUUCUUGAUAUUCUUGGGAUGAUGGCACCCUUAAUCUAUUCAGAAUUUAUCGAAUAGUGGACAGGAACCACAGUACCCUAUUGUUGAAUUUAUCGAAUUGUGUUGAUAUUGUUGAAUUUAUCGAAUUAAUCCUGCAAUUCUGUUUUGAUUUUUGGCCUACAGGAGCUUUAUGAAAAUACCGAUACGAGGAGAUCCCAAGUAACUGUUGUGGAGGAAAUCCUAGGUAUUUUCAGUGGCAAUGAUCAUGAUACGGGUUAACUCUCUUUUUUCUAAAUUUUUCUUA